AUGAUUGUUGAUUUUAGUCUUGAACCUCGUGUUUUCAUCAAUCUUCUUCAAAAUCUUACUUGUUUGGAAGAACUUUCUCUUGAAUUUGUUAGAAUAUCUUCAUCAUUACCUACUCAUCCUAAUAUCUCUUCUUCUUUGAAGUUACUAAAUCUUCAAUACACUGGAUUUCAUGGAAAGCUACCUCAUUCCUUUUUCAAUCUUCAAUCUUUGGAAAAGCUCGACUUGUCUAGGAACAGUUUCACAGGCCAAAUCCCUUGGGAAAUCUCACUUCUUCCCAGAUUGGUAUCACUUGAUCUCUCUUUAAAUAAUAAUUUGAGAAUUGAACCUCAUAUCUUCAACCGUCUCCUUCAAAAUUCUACUCUUUUAAGAGACCUCAUUUUUAGUGAUGUUAAUAUAGGUUUGUUUUUACCAACUUAUCUUAAUGUCUCUUUUUCUCUGAAGUCAUUAGAUCUUAGGAAUACUAGUUUGAAAGGGAAAUUAUGUGAUAACGUCUUCAACUUUCGGCAUUUAGAAUCACUUGAUUUGUCAGGAAACACUAACCUCAUUGGUCAAUUGCCCAAAGUUAACGAUACGAUUCCUCUCGAGCGAUUAAGUCUCUCAACGUGUGGUUUGACGGGGCCCAUUCCCGCAUCCAUAGGUAACCUAAGACACCUUACUUUUCUAGAUUUAUCAUCUAACAAACUUAACGGGACAUUACCAUUAGUUAUUCCCCAAUCACUAGAACAAUUAUUUCUCGAUGACAAUCAGUUUCAUGGCCAGAUUGAUGUGUUUACAUUUGAACAACUCACCAACCUCAAUGCCAUAUACCUUUCACAUAAUAACUUUAGUGGUGACUGGGAGUUGGAUACACUAUUAUCCAACCUCAAAAACCUUGAAAUUCUCGAUCUCUCUUAUUGUGGUUUGUUUGUAACAACAAGUAAUGCUAAUCAAAGUAAUCAUCAUGCAAACUCCAAUCUAAGGUCCUUAUAUAUGGCUUCUUGCAAGAUAAAUGUGUUUCCAGAAUCUUUACGUUCCAUGAAAAAUCUUCGAUUCUUAGAUCUAUCAAGCAAUGAAAUCCAUGGCCAGAUUCCUCACUGGGCAGGGGAGAUAGGAGGUAGUAAAUUGACAUAUUUUAAUCUCUCUCAUAACUUUAUAACAGGGUUGCCACAGUUUCAAUGGUAUGGACUACUAGCAUUAUAUUUGCAGUCCAACCUCAUUCAGGGACCAUUUCAUCCAUCAAUUUGCAACAUGAGAAAUCUAGUGAAUUUGGAUCUUUCAAAUAAUAGAUUUGACGGAGUGAUUCCACAAUGCUUUGGAAAUAUCACCUCAUCUCUUCAUAUGAUAAAUCUGGGGAAAAAUCAUUUUCAAGGAACCAUUCCAAAUGUAUAUGAGAACUGUGGAGGGCUGGAAGGGCUUAUUUUGAACGAAAAUCAAUUUGAAGGAGAGGUGCCAAGUUCCUUGUCCAAAUGCCAAUCCUUGAAAGUACUUGAUAUGGGAAACAACCAAUUAAAUGGAACAUUCCCUUACUGGUUAGAAUCUCUUCCAAAUUUGCAGGUUCUUGUCCUCAAGUCAAACGGUUUUCAUGGAUGUAUUAAACCAUCUUCUAUUGUCGGAUUAACAUUUCCAACUCUGCAAGUUAUUGACUUAUCUCAUAAUAGGUUUGAAGGCCAAAUUCCACGAAAAUAUUUUAAGAAUUUUAAUGCCAUGAAGAACGGUGUAAAAAGGAGCACAACCCCAGAAUAUGUGUCCGCGGGUGGCCUCUUAUACUCGUUCAUUGUUACUGCGAAAGGUGCAGAGCAAGAGUUUCCGCAACUUUAUGUAUACUAUACAAUUGUUUGUCUAUCACACAAUAAAUUUGUUGGGGAGAUCCCAGACAUCAUUGGAAAUCUUAACUCAUUGGUAGUGGUUGACUUAUCCCACAACAGCCUCACCGGUCAAAUCCCGCAUACUCUUGGAAAGCUAUCGGAAAUUGAAUCCUUAGACCUAUCUUGCAAUCAACUUACAGGAAAGAUCCCUCAAAGCCUUGUAGACUUAACGUUUCUUGGGUUCUUAAAUCUCUCGCAAAACCAUCUCGUGGGGCUCAUUCCAGUAGGAAAACAAUUCAACACAUUUCAAGAGAACUCAUUUGAAGGGAAUCCGAAUCUCUGUGGGCUUCCAUUGCCCAAAAAGUGCAAUGGUUAUCCACAACUUGAAGGUGAUGGAGAUGGCGAUGGGGAAAAGAGUGGGUUUACAUGGAAAGUGGUGAUGUUGGGAUAUGGAUGUGGGACCCUAUUUGGAUUGGUAAUUGGAUAUCUAAUGUUGACAACUCGAAGACCAAGGUGGUUCAAUGCAAUUGCUGAUGCUAUGGAGCAAAUGAUCUUGAAGAGGGGAAACAACAAAAGAUACAUAUAUAUAGGAAGAUGA